AUGUUAAGAAUAAAACCAUCAAAUCAUAUUAAUUUAAUAACAAAAAGACUAAAUAAUGUCAAAUUUAAUCACAGCAUACUUUCAAAACAACAAUAUCGAUCUUAUGCAGAAUCUUCAACACCAUUAACAAUAGAAGAAAAACAACAAAAAGCAACCACAUCAAAUGCUUUAAAUGCAAUGGGUAAAAAAGUUGAUAAAUAUUCAAAACCUCCAGGAAUGUUUGGAAAAACUACUUUUACAGAAGUAAUGGAUGAAACAAAUAUGUUGUGGGAUAAAUCAGAUGCACCAGAUAAAGUUGAAAAACAAAAUACCAAGAUAAGACAUUUUACAAUAAAUUUUGGACCUCAACAUCCUGCAGCUCAUGGAGUUUUAAGAUUAAUAUUAGAAUUACAUGGUGAAGAAAUUGUAAGAAGUGAUCCUCAUGUUGGUUUAUUACAUAGAGGUACUGAAAAAUUAAUUGAAAGUAAAACUUAUAUGCAAGCAUUACCAUAUUUUGAUAGAUUAGAUUAUGUUUCUAUGAUGACAAAUGAACAAGUAUUUGCAUUAGCUGUUGAAAAAUUAUUAAAUAUUGAUAUACCAUUAAGAGCAAAAUAUAUUAGAACAUUAUUUGGAGAAAUUACAAGAAUUUUAAAUCAUUGUAUGUCCGUAUUAACUCAUAUUAUGGAUGUUGGUGGUUUAACACCAUUUUUAUGGGGAUUUGAAGAAAGAGAAAAAUUAAUGGAAUUUUAUGAAAGAGUUUCUGGAGCAAGAUUACAUAGUGCUUAUGUUAGACCAGGUGGAGUUGCACAAGAUUUACCAGCAGGUUUAUUAGAUGAUAUAUAUAUGUGGGCAACACAAUUUGGUGAUAGAAUUGAUGAAAUUGAAGAAUUAUGUACUGAUAAUAGAAUUUGGAAAGAAAGAACUAUUGGAGUUGGAGUAGUUAGUGCUGAUGAUGCUUUAAAUUAUUCAUUAUCUGGUGUAAUGUUAAGAGGUUCCGGUAUACCAUUUGAUAUUAGAAAAUCACAACCUUAUGAUGCUUAUGAUUUAGUUGAUUUUGAUAUUGGUGUUGGAUUAUAUGGAGAUUGUUAUGAUCGUUAUUUAAUAAGAAUGGUUGAAUUUCGUCAAUCUUUAAGAAUAAUAUUUCAAUGUAUAAAUGAUAUGCCUCAAGGUCCUGUUAAAGUUGAAGAUUAUAAAAUUUCUCCUCCUCCAAGAAGUUUAAUGAAAGAAGAUAUGGAAGCUUUAAUUCAUCAUUUCCUUUUAUUUACAAAAGGUUAUGCUGUACCUCAAGGUGAAACUUAUACUGCUAUAGAAGCUCCAAAGGGAGAAAUGGCAGUAUAUGUUGUAAGUGAUGGAAGUGAAAGACCUUAUAGAUGUAAAAUUAGAGCUCCAGGUUUUGCUCAUUUAGGUGCUUUAGAUCAUAUUGCAAGAGGUAAUUUAUUGGCUGAUGCAGUUGCUAUAAUUGGUACAAUGGAUUUAGUGUUUGGAGAAGUAGAUCGUUAG